AAAAGAAAAAAACUUGUUUACAUGAACCUGUACAAAAGUAUUCCUCUAUCUUUAUUUUUCUUUCUCUCUCGGUAAAUAUUAUUCCCCGGCCAUUCUUGCUGUGAUGUCGAUGCUUGGCGGCGGUGGUGGCGGUGGCUGGCGGGGCUCGGGCGGGGGCGCGGCGCACAGCUUCUCGGGCGUGGUGAAGGCGUUGCACGGGCUGGCGCAGCGCGGGGGCGUGGCGGCGCGGGGCGCGGAGGGCCAAGAGCUGUACCCGCGGCUGACGGCGCUGCUGGAGCGGGAGCCCGGGCUGGCGCGGCUGCUGGGGCGGCGCGACGUGGAGGUGCUGGCGGCGCUGCUGCAGGCCGAGCCGCGCGCCUGGCCGUGGCUGGGGCCCGCCGUGGCCGCCGCGCUCAGGGCAGACACCGGGGACGGGGAGCGCCGUGCCUGGAUCAACGAGACCCACGCCGUGCUGCUGGCCCGCGGCGCCGCCGCCAGUCUGCUGCAGGGCGCCUCGCGGACGCUGCCUGCUGACCUGUUCUUGCUGGAGGCGUGCGUGGCGCGGCCCGGCGUUGACGACGUGGUGGUGGUGGUCAACGCGGUGCGGCUGCUCAUCAAACAGCAGGAGGAGGCGGGCUGGGCGGGAGACGCAGCGCCCCUGCUGGCGGCGCUGCGGCUGCUGCACACGUGGCGGCGGCCCCUGGCCACGGCGCUGCCCGGCUGGCCCGCCUCGCUGCGGCGGUGGUGCGUACGGCUGGCCAAGCAGCCCGCCGCGCUGCCGCUGCUGGGCGGGACGCUCAUGCUUGUCAGGGACUUACUGCAGGAAGCGCCGCCCCCCGACGCCCUGCCGUGGCUGGAGACGCUGUUGGGGGCGGCAGCGGAGGUGCAGGGGUCCUGGCGCUGGGCCGCGGCGCCCACCAUGCUGCUGACGCUGGCCUCGGCCACGGCGGGGCUCGCCACCACCCUGCAGGCCCUGCUGGAGGUGCCGCACCUCAGCCUGCAGCAGGAGCAGCUCCAGGCCGCCCUCAAGCAGCUGCUGGCGCUUCUGGACGAGCGCGGCGACCCCGCGGCCUGCCAGCUGCCCGCCGACGCCCUCGGCGCCGUCCUGGCCUGCGCCUGCCGCCUGCUGGACCUUUCCCCGCCACCACUUCUGUUCUGGGUCGCCGCCGCCGCCGCCACGCCCACGCGCGUGCUACAGGCCGUGGAGGACUCCCCUGCCGGCGGUGGCGGCGCGGUGGUGGUGGAGGAGGCGCGACUGGUGACGGCGCUCCUGCGGGUUCUCAGCCACUUCUCGGUGCGCGUGUUGGCGCUGGCCCUGCGGCGGCUGGGGGCCCUGGGGGCGGGGGGCGAGGACCCCCUGCUGGGCGUGGUGGCGGAGUGGUUCAGCGCCGUGGUCGCCAGCGGCCUGCGCCUGGACCCUGCGGCCUGCCUGCUGCCGCCCGCCGGGACACCCCUGCUGCAGGCGCUGGCCCAGCACUUCCGCCGCCGCCAUGACUCCGCGCUGCUGCAGGUGGCGGCCUUCGCGCUGCUGGGCGGCGACACGGCGAGUAUUGAGGCGCGGGCCUUCGGAGAGGCCGUGGCGCGGGAGGUGGCGGCAGUGCAGGACACGGCGGUGCGGGGCGCCUGCACGCUGGUGGCCUUCACCUGCUGCCCGCGGCCUAUCUUCCUGCAGAGCCUCGCCGCGCGGGCCCCGGGCCAGGCCGCUGCGGACGUGGCGGCCUGCCAGCGCGCCGCCGCCGCCGCGCACCCCAAGUACCAGGAGCUGCUGGCCGCCCUGGCCCGCCAGGCGGCGCCUCUGCUGCACGCCGGGGCCCUGCACGAGUAACGACUCUACGUGGGCGGGGUUUGUACACCCACUUCACAGGAAACUCCGCCCCCCCCCACCCCCUCCCCGUGCUGGCCUGGACACACUAACACCCACCCCGCCCACCGUUACCCGUGACGCCAUCUAUACACCCGGGGCCACAUUCACACACUGCGUCACCACACCCACACGGGCCACCCUCAUCCCUGCGUCACGCCCCCACACCGCCCCCCUCAGCCCCACACACACAGGCCGUCGCUGGUCACCGCUUCACCGCACCCCGUCCCCGCUGGGCCCCUGCUGUACACGGCGCCGCCCACCUGGUUCCCGCGCGGGCCGUAGUUACACACGUAGAGGCGACUCACGCCGAACAUGAAGGGCACGAAGUACGUGGCGCCGCAGCCGACCUCCCGCGUCGACGCCCACACCACCUGCGGCAGAGGACAGUGUUACGGCAGGUGUUACGAGCUGCAGUUAGGACCAGUUGUUACAGUCAGGUGUUAGGAGCUUUCACUUUCACUCCGCACCCUUCCUCCACCUCUCCUAACAACCCCAAACCUUACUCGCCACGAUUUCUUUCGCUUCUGUCUUUAC